AUGGGCAGAGGAGUCGCAGUUGGAUUGAAGAAGGGAUUCCCAGUUCACAGAUUGAGCAAGCCAAGACAAAUUAGCAGACCAAUUUCAAAGACUAAAAUGCUUGUCGAAGAUGUCACCCGUGAGGCAGCCGGUUUUUCCCCAUACGAGAGACACAUGAUGGAUCUCUUGAGAAGAGGACUUGAUAAGAAAGCCCUUAAGUAUGCUAAGAAGCAACUCGGAACCCACAAGAGAGGUCUUGCCAAAAGAGAAGAACUCUCAAGAGUCCUCGAGGCAAUUAGAGUCGCUCACGCCCACCACGCCGAACAUCAGGAAAAAUAA